UUGGAAACAAAACUACCCACUCUCAGCGCCACACCUCGAUGUCAUUGAGGCGAGGGGGCGAAUCCGGCGGCGGCGAUUCUCCUCACCGGUGGGAGGAGGCCAACAGCAAAACUCCUCGGCUGCAGCCGGGCUCAGCCGGCGGGCGCAGCGCGGCGCCCUCUGCUGAGAUGUCGUUGAGGGUAUGGGGCGAAUCUGGCGGCGACGAUUCGCCUCGGCUGCAGGGAGAUUCCAGCUCGUGCAAAAAGACUAAAAGCCGGACACCAUCGCUGCAGCCAGGCUCAGCCAGCGAGCAUGUUGCGGCGUCCUCCGCCACCGCCGUGGAGACACGCUUGGAGUUCGGCAAGGUUGACGGCGAGGCGCACGCACCCCGCUCCCCUGCACUUGGCAAGGCAACAACAGUUGUUAUGUGUUCAUCAACCAAGCAUGCGCUAAAUCGCAGGGCAGUUGCUGGUGGUCUUGAUUUGGAUCCAAAAAGGUCAGGCGUCAAGAUAAAAAAAACAAGUCCUCAAAAUUUUCAGUGGGUAUUUGAGCACCAGUACCAGGGGUUUUAGAGCAACAACAUUUUUUUAGAGCAGAUUGGAGUUCCAUGAAUGGGAAUAGUGUUGUAGGCAAGAAUCUAAUUAAUAGUAAUACUGCACUGUCUUUUCGGUUACAUGUGUCUUUAAAAUUUUCAAAAGAACACUUUAUGGCUAUAAAGGAAACUAAAAUAAAUCCUUAUCUACUAAGCAUGUUCUGUAAUAAUUGAUUUUAUCAACUCUUGCCAGGAAAGGAUGUUCUGUUUUGCAGUAGUAUAGGUUAUGCUAAUUUAAGUUCCUUUGUAGUUUUGUUAGCAACAGUGGAUGCCUGCUCCUUUGUCUUCCUGAUCUUUUUCUUUUCCAGGGAACUCUUGUCCAAAUAUUUUUAACUCUCCUCUUUUGGAUUUUGUGGAGCAUGAGAACUAUAAUUAAGAUCCAGAUUUUCUUUUCUGCUCAACCUGAAUACAUUUGUUCCUUAUUUGCAUCCUAUUCCCACAACCCAUUUUGCCAAGGACUUUUUCUUUGUAUUGUUCAGGGGGGAGGUGGGUUAGAUGCAGGUACAAUUUUGUAUAAAGAGUUUACUAGUUUAGUUUUAUCUUUACUAGCUGGAAUAUAUUGAAAUGAAAUCUGCCUGUUCUGAAUUUGGCGGCGACGGAGGCAAGCCGGCGGUGAAGACGUAGACGCCCAACAACGGUGGUGUGACCAACCAACCAUAUAGGCGAAGACACCAGUCGGCGGCGACGGAGGCAGGCCGGCG